AUGCAUCAUCACCAUCAUAAUGCAAGGCGACAUCACCCUCUGCUCCAACCCACGUCGCAGGAAGAUUUAUCGCUACAAGAUCUCAAUAAAGCGCGAAAGGAAAGCUGGGCUCGUGCCGCGUCGCGAUGGUCGAGCAUUAUUGACAAAUACUCCAAAAUCGAUGAUGAGUUUGAAAGCGAUUUGAUUGAUUUGGAUCGGGGCAGAGUCGUGGUCGAUAAUGGACACUUGCGAUCUUUAGGGUUGUUGGGUCUGAGGCGUGAGGACCUCGAUGGACUGGAAGAAGGGCCGAGUAGCUCUGAAUCUGAAUCUGAAUCUGAAAUUGAGUUUGAACUUGAAUCUGACUCGGAGUCUGAAUCUCAAAAGUUUGAGGAGGAAGACGAGGAAGAUGAGAGUAUAUCUGUUGAUGACAGCGAAGAAGAUGAGCUAGAGGGGCUGGAGAGGGAGCCGGAGGGCUGUAAUUAUCUGGUUUCCCGAAAGAUCAAAUUAGUCGAAAAAGGCUUGAUCCCACCGCUGCCGAGAAAGAAGAUUGCAGACACUCGAGGAAGUAAUGGGAAACAAGAUGACAGCUCGAGCCGAUUAUGUCUGCCGCUAAAGAGGAUACAAUUGAAUUCCUCGUCGCUGCCCAGUAAGCACGAUGAGAUGCUAGUUCCAUUGAACAAACGUUUAAACCGACCGGUUUCGUUACUGCCGACAAAGAGAUUUAGUGAUGAAACACUUGUUUCACUAAGUAAAUCAAGUUUAGCUCGUCCAGUUUCAUUACUGCCGACAAAAAGAUCAAACGUCAAUUUAAUUUUGAGCGAGGAUGAGUCUGAGCUGCUGCCGACCAAGAAAAUCCGAUUAGCUCAACCGCAACCAACACAUCAUGAUGAUAAAAACAGGAAUAUUUCUCACUCGAAAGUAUUUCAGUUUUCUUCGAUAGUAGGUAAAUCCAAAUCAAGCGACUCACCAAGCCCAUCGAAUGUGAAAUCACCAAUCAAGUCUCAUCUUCAAACUCAACUUAAAACUAGAACCGAACCUGAACCUGAACCUGAACCUGAACCUAAAAUUCCCCCGAUUUUAAAUGAUCCAUAUGAUUCAAUAGAUGAGCUAUUCGAAGUGGGCAAAUAUAAACAUCAAAAAUCACGAUCUUCUUCUUCACCAUCUUCAUCAUCUGCAUCAUCGUCGACGCCACUGGACUCUUGCGAGUAUUUAAUGCAGCAAGUCCAAUCAUCAUCAAGCCCCCCUGGCCCCAGCUCAGAUGACAACCCUAGCAUCGAGCCAAUACUCGACCACUCAACACCGACCAAAGAGGUAGUGGAUAAAUGCAUGAGGUGCCGCGCCACCCAAACGCCCCAGUGGCGAGAAGGCCCCAAUAAGAACAAGCGCGCGCUAUGCAAUGCGUGUGGACUUCAGUAUUUGAAGUUCUUGAAGUGGGGCAGUAAUCGAUACUUCCUGACGUUGCGCGAUGCUGCCAAGUUUGAAAAUGCGUUGGUUUUGGUGAAUGUGUUUUGCGAUGGUGAGCCUUGCGUUUGGAGAGUGUUGGGGAAGUAG